AUGUUUCACUGCAUACCCCUGUGGCGGUGCAACCGUCAUGUUGAGAUGAUCGAUAAACGCCACUGCUCCCUGCUGUAUGUGCCCGAUGAGAUUUACCGCUACGGACGGAGUUUGGAGGAGCUGCUGCUGGAUGCCAACCAACUCCGAGACUUGCCCAAGGUGAGCAGAAAAGCACCUCAAAUCCAACCCAAACACUGAGCUGGUAGACAUCAAGGUGACAGAGGGAAUAUUGACUUAAAGAGUCCAGAGAUGAUUGCAUUAAAAUGACAACUUAUUUAUUUAUAGAGCACCGUGCAUACAUAAAGUAGAAGUAGUAGUAUUAGUAGAAGUCAUUACAGAGAUCCUUCAAACCCAUUAUUUGUUCAAUUGCAGUUGUUGAAAGUAGAGGGGUGCACCGAUCACAACGUUCUGGCCGAUCACGGAUCUUUAAAAUCCUCAACCUGCCGAUACCGAUUUUGGCCGAUCCUUUUUUUUUUUUUUAUAACUGACAACAUACACCUUCAAUGCUCUCAACCAAUUUUAAUGAAAAACAUUAAACAAUACUUGUGGAACAAUGCAAACCUUUUUGUGUUUGUCUUAACUGCACAUGAGGUAGUACUCUCAAAAUAAAUGAAAAGUUUAGAAUAUUUCUGUCUAAACUACUAAAUUAUAUCAGUCUUUUAUUUUCCACAGGCUUGUUUUGAGCCUCUUAACAAAAUGAAGUGCACAGCAGUGUUUUGCUUUUACAAAUAAAGGAAAUCACAAGGUUUGAGGAAGUUAGGAAUAUAAUAAUCGACAGGACAAACUAAACUGGUUGGUGGGUUUGUCAUUUUGGCAAAAGCAAAAAGCUACAUCAUCUGACUUUCAGACCUUUGCUGAGGUAGAUAAGAUCGGUGGAUAAAAUCGAUUUUAUGUGUAUGAUCAGCCGAUAACCCAUCCUCCAAAAUUGAGGAAAUCGAUCGGCUGGCUGAUUUAUCGGUGCAUGUUUUGUUAGUAGAUUUUUCCUUGUUUGUAUUGUAUGUUUUAAAUAUUAACUGAAUGAAAAUAAAAAAUGAAAUAUUUUAUUACUGAAAGAGUUGAUAAGUAUCUACAACAGUAAAGAUAUUUGCCAAUAAGUGAAUAAGAAGUGGUUGAAGUUAGGGAAAGCAUUGAUAAAUGAAAAUCAAAACAAAUAAGCAAUGUAUCCUCGAUGAAAUGCAUGUGUUUAUUAUAUUGAUUUAAAUUUGUUCUAUUGGUAAAGGAGUCUAUACAAUAGAGGGCUUAAACAUGUACACAUUCAGGUCUUGAUAAUAGGUGAUAAACUGACCCACAUCCAGACAAUCCAGACAAACCAGACAAUUCACUUCAUUUUCCCAUGACAGGGUGUCAGGAUCAGCAGAAAUUAUCAAGAUUUUCUGUCCAAAGCUAAUGAGAUAAAUUAACUUCCACUUUGCUGUGGAUUUGUGUGGCUGAGAUUAAGUUUAGAUGUCAAAUAAACCACUGGGAAAAAAGUGAUAUUAUUGUAAAACAGACUAAUUAAAAUGUAUGUAUAAAUGUUCUCUUAGGGCUUUCAUAUAUUGUGCUUUUCUAACAGUAAUUAGAUUACUUCACUUUGUCUGUUGUGUUUUCAGAUUCAGGUUGUUAUUGUAUCGCAGGCUCAGAGCCAAAGUGUCCUGGCUUAUUUUUGGUUACAUGAAAUGUGCCCCUCUAGUUAAAGUGCUUCUGACACAGAGCUGCUAACUGAGCUGAUCAGGAGUCCCGUGAGAGGGUGGUAGGACCUGGGGACAAUGAUUACGCAAGAUCAGCAAGGCAUGCACCCUGCAUAGGUGGAAACUUCCCACCUGAGCUACACCCCCCCUCCCCCUCCACUCCACUCCACUGCUGGUUGACUGAACAUGUAUGUGUGAGUCUGAGUUUGAUCAUAAAACAUUUUGAGACCCAGGUGUCUCAACUGUAAAGCUCCGACACGGUGUCUGAUACGUCAAACCUGUUUGUCCAGGUGAACAUGCUGAGGUCAGAGUUACCCAUGAGUCUUUGACUCUAAUCUCUGUGGUUUUCUUAAUGAUAAAACGUCGUGACUGCAUACAGGAAUAUCAGAAUUCUUAAGAGGCAGUACAGUUUCACUAUGAAGACGUAAUCUUUUCCAUAACUGACUUUGUACAUAGAUAUUUAAGUGGUAUGAGCCAUGAUGCUCCUCUGAGUAAUAUUUAUUCUGAGUUGAAGGGAUUGAACAUGUUUCUAUUGGAUAUUUGACGGCAUUAGUCAAUCUUGUUUAUCAGGAAAGAAAAAGACAAUCUGAAUCAUAGUAGUAAAUAUCAGAUGCAUCAUCAUUUGAGGUCUCAUUAUUAGCCCCAAACUAUAACCUCAACUCAGGAUAAUUAUGAUGCAUUUAUUUUUUAAUAGGACUGAAGGAAACCAUGAAAGUGGCUAAGACGUAAACAAAACUAAAAGGCAAAUCUGCUAAAUAAUGGCAGUGAAACCAUAUGUUGAUCUUGCACUGCAUUACAAUGAUUAUUUGAAAAGCAAAUUUAUAAUAUAAAAGAAAUAGUCCCAGUCAUUUGGGACAUUUUUGGUCAGUCCUCAUAUAAGCACCUUUGAGUUUCCUGCCUCUCCAGAAUAAAUCUGAAUAUUUUGUGUUUUUUUAAAAAGUUAUGGUCUGUGCAUGCCGAAUAAAUAAAAAGGCAAUAUCUAGUUUCCCAUAUGAUGCAUUUAAUCAUAUUUAACCUUUAAGAAACGCAUAAUUUCAACAAAAAUUGAACUUAACAUACUAUAAUCAUGUUAGAAAAAAUAAUUUAUAACACCUAGAAUUAAAAACCUGACAUAGGAAUAUCAUAAUAAAGGCCUGGGUUAAAGAUACAUAUAUAUUUUAGUUGAGUCUUAUCUUGUCAUUGAUUUGUCCACGUUGAAAUAUUUUAACAUCACUUACAUGCAGAGCUUAAACUUCAUAUUUGUUUAGGCUAUUUAGUUUACAAACUUGUAUUAGAGUCAUGUUAUAGAAGCAAAACUGAUCUCUUACAAGAAGAAAGUCACUGAUGCUAUCGUUAACCUCUUUUUCAUGCAUCUCAAUUAACGUCAUUCUAGCAAACUCAUGGCUUCAUUCUGAUAAAUUUAAGUCUUGAAAUUCGACUUUAUUCCCAGUACAUUGUGACUGUAUUUUUGUAGGUUGACCGCUUAAAUCUCAAAAUCAGAUCUAAUCCUCUGUUGUAACACACAGUUAAUAAAAGAAAGUAAAAAGAAUAUAUUAAAAUGACAAAUUCCCAUUUUGUAUUCGGGCUUCCCUUUUUUUGGGGUCUGUUUAAAACUCAACACUCAACAAUAUUUGGCAGAAAGAAUCACAGUAAAAUCUUCACAGAUCAAUAUUUCUGUGGAUUAUUACAUGAAAAUUGUUUAUUAAUUUAUAUUAUAUUUCAUGUAAUGUUUGAUCCAACCCUUUUUCCUCAAAAGUCACAUCCAUAAGGAAAUGGUGUCAUUUUUUCGGUCGAUCAAAACAGGAUUAUCUUGAAAACUGAAGUCUUCACAAUCAAGCACACACACACACACACACUAAUGAAGGUGUGAACUCCUCACACCCUCCAAGCCUUCAUACUAAACCCUCGAGUACAAACCUGAUAAUAGGACCAGGAUUUGCAUGUUACUUCUGCAGGCAGGUAUAGUUUUGGCCUGAAACUAAAGACAUCAUGGUGUGACUUGUGGUGUUUCUUUUACACACAGCCCAGAGCGGUGACUGACUUUGUGUGUUCGUAACUUAUGCCCUUUAAACUUUUUCUGCAGCCGAACCUGUUUGAUUCUGUAAGUUUCCACUCUGGAGAUUGUAUUUUAAGCCUGAGAAAAGAGUGUCAGGUGCUCUGGUUUUAACCUUGAGCACGGAGCACAUUCUGUAAUGUAUUGGGUUUACAGCUGGACAGAUUAUGAAAUAAGGUCUGGUCCACUUGAGAAACUGUCCUGACCUCUUAAAACUGAUGUCACGGUGAGUCAGAUGUUAAGCUGAUUAGAUUUGAAGCACUGUUUUUGUGCCUUUGUGGCGUUUCUCAUUUCUCAUUUCAUUCACAAGUCUUAAACCCCCGUGAAGCAGUUUGAUUUGGUUGUAAUCUGAACAGAGAAUGCUGUAGUUUGAUGCACAGACGCCAAAAGAAGAUAGGAAAGAGAGCUGACGGAGAUUUUAUUUUUGAGGCUUAGCGUGUCCACAGAAAUGUGAUGGAACACAGAUAAAGUGAGCAAUCUCCCACGGCUGUGUCACACUGCUUACUUUGUCCCUAGAAGAAAAGCCCGUGCAGGGACAGGUAUCUGGACUGGAAACAAAGACAGCAUUAUGUGAUUUGUUCUUGUUUCUAUGUGCUAGAUUUUUUCUAAUGGAACCGUAAUGAAUCAUUGACCUGAAUUGUAGAGAAAUGACCAAUAAAUCCAGUAACCUAGUAAAGCUGCAGACACAACACCUGAGAAAGUAGGAACUUGCCAUGUAAGCAUUUUUCUGUUCCCACAAGUGUGUUAGUAAGUGUGGAAUUCGCAGGUGGACUCAGGUUCAACAAAUUUUGACUGUUGAGACACAUCUGUAUGGUUUCAGGGUAUAAGGAAUAAAAAAUAAGAUGGGAACUGAAGGGAUGUUUCGAGGCGACCAACUCCCUAGUCCUUAAAGUGGAAAUUGAAAUUCCUGCUAAUUGACUCAACAGAAGAUAAGAAAAGACUCAGGGAACAGUCAGAGUUGAGCAGUUUCUUCUCUGAAGCUUAAUGAAUCACAGAGUCUGAAGAUAAAGGAUGUUGAAGCGGUUUGCUGAUUGUUGCUAAUGUUAGCAGAGUUAGCAUUUGCCCCUCCAGGUUAUCAUCUACAUACCUGUUCAUGUUACACACAGUUUUUAAGAUUUAUUCUUAAAUUUGAAAAAAAAAAUUGAUUUUUGAACAUAAAAAUCUAUUAAAAAUUCUAAAACAAAAAAUUGCAAUACUUCUGUGAAUCAAUUUUUUUCUCCCACUCCUACUGGUAGUAGAGCUUUAUAUAGCAGUAUGGUAGCUGCUGCUCAGGUCGGUGGCUGCCCUUCAUUAGUAUGUCGCACAUGAAAACAAAAUAAAAUCCUCCCAUAAUUGAUCCUCUCUUGGACGUGGUAACAAAAGCACAAUGAAGAGAAGACUGUUAAUGUAAAGUGUCAAAGCUGGCAGGGCAGAACAGCUGAGUGUGUGUGUGUGUGUGUGUGUGUGUGUGUGUGUGUGUGUGUGUGUGUGUGUGUGUGUGUGUGUGUGUGUGUGUGUGUUUGUGAAGCUUUUACUGUUUGUUUACAAGUGGUGCUGCAAUGGCAUAAUGCAACAUGCACGUGUCGUGGACACCAAUAUUAUGCUGUUUCAGAGUGUGGAAGUACUUUAUUACAGCUCUGUUGCAGGAUUGUAGUCUGUAAGAGGCUUUGGAGAAAGCUUUUUACCAGCAUUUCACGCCAAUAAUAACAAUAGAAAUAUUGAAAAUUUAUUAAAUUACCAGUAAUUUGGGUGCAGAGGUGGGGACGUUGCAAAUAUGCACAUCCUUUAAGACAUGCUCUUCAUGUUGUACACAAUAACUGUUCAUGAAUCCAAAACUCUCUGUCUUAUUUGUUGUGAUGUUAUAACCAGAGUUGUAUUCUGUGUUUAUAAAGGGUGCUGGUAUUACAAUAAUGAUGAGAUUGCACUCUAUUGUGCGUCUCUUAUCUGUACUCACUUCUAGAUUAUUUGCAUGCCGCCAAGUGAAACAGUUUACUGUGCUCUUUGGCAUGAAACUAACAUCAUCAAUGCUCGCUAAGUGAACCCAAGAUACGUCGGUAUGGAUGAACCUUUGUAUCAGACAAGCACAAUGCUCACUGAGUGGCCUCUUUGCAUUUGCCUCCGAGGUUGCUAUCUGAAUUAACACUGACCACUCCGUGUAUCAUGGUCUUGGGAGUGUUAUGGUCUUAUGUAAGUAAGCCAAGAAGACUCAGUAACAUAUCUGAAAUCAAAGGUUUGAACCAGCAGGCAGAUAAAGACUUGCACAGGGACGCUCGAACGGCAGGAUGAACAGAAAAGGUGUGCAGUUACAGUUACAAGAUGAGGCAAGUUGAACCAGAGCAGAUAGUUUCAAUAGUUUUAUGAAGAAAAAUCUGAUGACCAAGUCGAAGAGACUGAAGAGUCAGUAUAUUCAAUAGCUGGAACUGUUCCUUCAGGCUCUUCUUACUUGUUUGGCGUUUUUAUGUAAUAUUUGUUCUGAGGCACAGGACCAAAUUAGCAAACAGUCCCUUAUGCUUGGUUGUUGACUCAAAAAUUUUCCUCCAGAUACAGAAUACAUCAUCAGUCGGCUCUGUAAAUACAAGUCAGCUUACCAAACAGCAGACAGACUCAGAAACCAAGGGGAUAAGAAAAGCAGGAAUGCAAAACUCGCUGCCUGUUGGAAUUCUUCUGCCUGUUUGUCCAGUUCAAAAUGCAGUUUCCCACCUACUGGGACUGAUAUGAAACUGUGAGACUGAGGUGCUGGUGGCUGUUUCUAUCAGCUUUUCGUGACUAAAAACAACUCGUACAUCUACAAUUCUUACCUAGUGUCUAUGAAGAGUUCUUAUUACUUCAACAGUUAAUGUACUUUCAUGAAAAAUCGAUCAGCGACUUCUCGAAAUCAAUGAUUGGUUUUAGUCAGAUAUCAGUGUAAUGCCAAGUAUGUAAUGCCUCACAUACCAACUUCUUCAGUGGGAGGAUGAGAGGCUUUUCCUGAACAUGUAUGAUGACAGUUCGGGUUUAGACUGUGUGGCGAGUAAAUAAGCCAGCACAUUUUCUUGGGCUGUUGAAGUUCCUUCAAUAUUUCCCAAUAAUACCACCACCAAAGAGCAGAUAGUGAAGAAUGAUGAGAAAAUGAUCCUCAGCUCCAGCCUUAGAGUUAAAAAUUGACCACAGAUGGUUCUUUAAAUCUCUAUACAUCCUAUUUAAAAACCGCAUUCAUGGACUCAUCUGCUGAAAUAAUGUCUGGAUCAAUAGAAAAGUUUAGUUCCUGGCAACAAUUGUUACACACAGUUAAUGAUCAGCCAUACAGGAACAAGGUUUUUAGCUGAAGCCCUGUUGGAGGCCUAGGAGUCACAUUUAAGCUAGCCUGUUAUCAUCGCAGAUAUGACGCCUGUCACUCUCACCAGACAGCCCCCAGAAAGUAAAGGUUGACCAGUUUUCAGCUUUGGCCAACUUUUAUUUUGUAGAAUUAGAUGAUUAAAAAGUACGCCACUUUGACACUGCUUAAUAUCCCGCUCACGGCACUUUCUUAUUGGCUAAAUGUCACAUGACUUGUACUGUAACAGGUUAACUGUUAACUCUUCAUAAUUAACGUUUCAGUUGUAAUCAAAUAUUUGAGAAAAGGCUUUUGAACAAAGUUUUGUGUUUGACUUUUUUAUGUUUACUGUCAUUAUAUUUCACUUCUAAAUAACAGUUAUUGGUCUCAUUAACUUCUAAUGAUCAGUGUCGGUAUCAGCCCUAAAAACCAAUAUUGGUCAACCUCUGCUAAAAAGCUUCUAUCUCAAUGGGGUGUUUAAUGCCUUAGUGUCUCUGCACAGACUAAUGGCUGAUAAUCGCCACCAUUAACUCUUGUCCAUUUCCUAACAGCAAAACAUUAAAGUUAGUUAUUAAGGAUACAAGAAAUUAAGAGGCGUAAGAAGAAAGUCAAUGAAUUGAGGAUCAAGCCUUUCAACGGAGUGGAAGACUGAUUUUGGUAUCGGAGCAAAAUAUCAGCAAAAAUCCAACUUAAGAUCAAAAACAUGACUAAACAUUGUUAUGUGAGGAUGAGGAAAGUCCAUCAACAGCUAGCAAAUAUCAGUAUCUUUAGUCAUACUGAGCUCUGACAUUGCUAACAACAACAUAUCUAAAGGUACGCCAAGGCUUGUGGGAAAAAAACGUGGGAGUACAGGUUAAAGUUAUCUCCUGUUGAGGACGCUAAAUCCUCCACUUCUCUUCAUCCUGGAAGUUAUCCCGUCUUUCGAGACGAUGCACCAAGGCAGAGAACUUCCCAGAACUGGGUUUAAGAUUAAAGUAGUUAUGUAUAAUUAACCUACGCUAAAGUUGGAGCAGUCUUUCCGCUGAUGCAACCCCUGAUGCAUAGACAUCCAGACUAGACUGUUUUUGAACUUUGACACAGCUGGUGAAACCCACUCAAGCUCUCAUUACCACUAUGCAGUGUCAUUUUGUCACACUAUCGAACAACAUAUUCGCACAUAGCUUCUUUUUUUUUCCUUAUCACGCAGACCCUAUUACCUCAAUUCAGAGGUUUAAAAACCCAAGACACUGUCGUGAGUGCGAUGUAGGGAGGAAACGGUGUCCUCUGUGUGACAGGAAGCUUCAGGGUUCAUAAUGUGGUCGAGGUGGUGAAGAGAGCGGAGCUGUGAACCUCUGAGCAGGAAGCUCGUGUUUGAACUGACUCACUCACAGCCGUUUGACCCGCAGUAAAGGUGUUUUUCUGCAAAGGCAGACCUGCAGUUGUUGAGUGUCAGACUAGUACUUGUGGUUCAGACAGUUUUAACUCCAGGCUCUGCUGUGAUAUCUAACACUGUUUGCAUAUGACGAUGUAACCUACAUGUAACUUAAGACUGCGCCGAGCAUCUGACACUGAUGUCUCUAACUUGAGUGUUUGUGGUCGUUGGGUUGUGCCCUGCCAAGUGUACUGACAUGAGUUUUUAGUUUGUGUACAUAUUUUGAAAGGUUUUAUGUGUCACUCCUAAAAAAGGACUAAAGCCAGGUCUAGAAAGAUCUCCUGUUUGAAUCCAGGGCAGACUGACAUCUGUAUUUAGUUAUAUCGAUACAUACAAGGGCUUUUUGAGACAUACAACACAGUUAUUCAUGCAAACCACCGUCAGGGAUUUGCAUGUUUUAGUGGGUGAAACCAAAGAUUCAAACAUUGACUCAGGUCGAGCGAGCGGUUAAUGAGUUCUUGACUUGCAGGCUGUUUUGGUUUUUGUGUGUUACACAUGGGUGAUUGUUUGGGGUGUGGAGUGUCAGGACACCAGCAGGAAGAACAGGUUUACUGUCAAUAUGCUAAUGCAACACUCACAAAGCUUGUUGAAAAUGUGAGAGCAGACUGAUAAAACAGAAUCGGAUAUGCUCUUUGUUACACCUUUGAUUGUCUCUAUUGUCGUCGAGAGGAUUAGAAAAGGACAAAAGCCACAUGGUCGCACUGAAUACAGGUGCAUUUACUCUCUUUUGAUACUGAAGGUUUCAGAGUACCUGGCUUUUCUUCCGGCUGUGUCAGAAAGGAGUGGCACAGUUCGAGUAGGAAGUCUGAGAGCGAUAAACAUACCAGUAAAAUCAACCUGCAUGUGCAUGAUUUUCCAGAUCUGUCACAGUUCAGGCUGGGUUUCAUGAAAUGGACAUGCCUUCACAAGCCAAGACUCUCUUGAUAAUAUCGUGAAGAGAUAAACUGUAGCAGGGCUGUACCUUUGAUUCAUGGACCCAGCAGACAGAAUCAGCCCCACAGUCAGAAAGUGAAAUGAUUGUGGUCAGGAUAAAAAGCGCAGUCGUUUGCCGUGACUUGUGACUUUACAGUUUUGUUUGCUCAAUGAAAUGAAGGAUUAGAGAUUAUUUGAACUGUUUCGAGACCUUGGAUUAACAUGUGCAUUUAAUAACUGGGUGGGGUUUGACUUUUGGACUCAGGAACCGUAUUUCUUGUGCACACAUUAAAAUGGGAUCUGUAUCUUGACAUGCCACAUGCGUACACACAUUUAAUUGGUUGCAUGCAUAUUUAUCUGACAGGAUCAGAUUAGGGAUGUCAUUUUUAGUGACAUAAUUUUUGAACCAUUUUUGCCCCACUGUAAAAACUUUAAGGGCCUGUGUCUACUUACAUGAUCUUAACUUCAGGGCACAUCUCAGCUCCUAUUACAAGGUUAAAGAGGUUGUCUCAAUGCACCUCUGUUACCCUCAGUAGUGACCUCUUCUUAAUGUAUGUUUUUAACUAAAAUGUUGUUACAAAAGGUGAAAACAAUGGUUGGAAUCAAGUUCUGGCAUUGGCGGUUGCUCCAGACCUGGAAAUUAUACCCCUGAGUAAACAAGUCUGGUUAGUUUCCUCUUAGCACUUGUUUUAUUGACAAAGUAGUUAUCAGAAGUCCCACCCCUUCCUGAUAAUAAUUGGUUGAUGAAGGAGAGGCAACAUUGAUGAGCGUGGCUGUGAAAUGUCAAACAUCUUCAACGCAGAGUGCUACGAAUGCAGGGACAGAAAAACAGAUGGGCUGCUUUUACUUCUGGGAAGUUGUGCAGUAAAACUAUUCUGUGUUGAAAAUAGGAUUUGCUGUUAGUGGACACAGGCCCUUAUGCUUCCUCAGCUUCCUGACCCCCAAAUUUAGACAAAAUACAGAAACUUAGAUUCUGAUGUUUGUUUAAGAGCAGAAGUGGUUAAUAUGGCUUCAAAAAGUACAAAUGUAAAUAUUUGGUGGAGAAAAUAGGUCCUACUACUGUAAAAUAUGCUGUUAGAGGACACAGGCCCUUAUGCUUCCUUACCUUUCUGACCCUUAAUUUUAGACAAAAUACAGAAACUUGGAUUUUGCUGUUUGAGAGAAGAAGUGGUCAAUAUGACUUCAAAAAGUACAACAGUAUGUUUGGUGUAGACAAUGUGUUUAACGACUGUAAAAUGAGCUGUUUGUGGACACAGGCCCUUAUGCUUCCUCACUUUCCUGACCCCCAAUUUAAACAAGAAACUUAGAUUCUGCUGUUUGUUUGAGAGCAAAAGUGGCCAAUAUGACUUUAAAAAGUACAAUAAUAAAUGUUUGGUGAAGAAAAUAGGUUUUACUACAGCAAAAUAUGCUGUUAGUGGACACAGGCCCUUAUGCUUCUUUACCUUCCUGACCCUCAGUUUUAAGCAAGAAUCUGAAACUUAGAUUCUGCUGUUUGAGUUCAGUAGUGGUCACUCUAGCUACAAAGGUUCAAACCUUGAAAAUUAAGUAGAAAUCUCUUGGUUUGGUGAAUGUUAGAGUGAUUUUAUAGCGUAAUGAAGAACAUGUUUUCUGUGUUGCUUAUCUGACAAAAAAUAUUCCUGUACAUGCUGACCAUAACGUUUUCAGAUCAGGUGUUAAUCCUCCUAAGUUUUCUGAAGAAUCAGCAGCCUACAGCUGUAACAAGUACAUUAACCCAAGCAAAUAAGUACAGUUUCCUCAUCAGCACUUGUGAUCACUCCAGCCUCUCUCUUAGUGCUCAUUCUGUCCCUUGGCUUUUCAGACACACAUGUACUCACACCUGCGUCCUCCUGCUCCUCUCCCUGCUCUCCUCUCUCAGCAGGCACUUAAACCGCUAGGUUAGGACCAGGAAAAGCUCUAGUAUUAUUACUAACAGUGGACUCCAGAAGGGGCUUCUAAAUGAGAAGAAAGUCCUGAAGGAAAAAUUAGUAGCAACAUCCACAAGCAAAUCACAAAAGAGGGUAAAAUAAGAUGUUGCAAACCAAGAUGUGUUUGCAACAUACUGGACAUGCAAAGAGUCAAAGCAUAUUUUACAGUGAACUUAAGUGGUUGAUGGGAUGAUAGAUGUGGGUUUGGGGAAUUCUUUUCAUAGUUGGGCUUUCAUAGCCUGUUAAAGUGCCUUGUAAUAAAGCAGCAGCACCCAGAAUACAAAGGCCAGAGGGGAGAAUUCAUGGGGUUGUUUUCCUGUUAACGCUGUUAAAACAUUAAAUGAACCUGAAGCAGCAAAGCUAGCUCCCUGCUUUACCACCACGCAGACAAGCUUCUGCCCGCUCCUGUAAUGGGCGUCAAGUAUGUGCUUGUGAUAAUUGCUUUUGCCUUUUUAAAUGCUCUGCCAAAUGGAUCUUUCGCUUUUAUAAAAUUGACAAGAGAGCCGGAUCCCAGCACUCUAAAUGAGCAACUUGUGACCGCUUCAUCCCCUAACAGCUUUAUGAGUAAUGGAUGACUGUCCAGAGCCUUGUGUUCAAUCUGAUCUUUCAAUGUGAGACCUUUAUUGUGCGGUAACUAACCGAUGGAACAAAAAGAUAGCAGACCGAUGUUUAUGCUGUUUUCUUCAGGUGGCAUAUCUCUGCACAAGUUUCCCAGUCAGACUUAAACCAGGACCUGAUGCAGCUCAAUGAAUUCAGCCAUCAUUAAUUUUAUUAUUUACACUCAUGCUUUUCCUGCUGUGACAUGUGAAAAAAUCUGCUGUGUAAAAGUCCUGCAGUUAUUUGUCUGUUAGGAGCAGCCAUGCAGUUAUCAUGAUAUAGCUGACACAGUGUCAUGAAACCUUUACAGUCACAGGGAAGAGUGGGGGUUUCUAUAGAGGGUGUUGUAUGCCCGCAGUAAAACCAUAUAUCACUUAUGGUUCAUCUCCACAGGUGUUUUCGAUCAUGUUUCCUGAUUAGACCUCCUGCCUGAGUGUGUGGGAGUGAACAGCUUGGAUUUGAUUGACGCUUCUCCCACCCCUGAGUUAUUUCUGUUGGCCCAGUUAGAGCAGGAGAACCUACACUUUUUUAUCUAAUUUAUCAUGUGAUGUUCACUUCAUGGUGUUCCCACGUUCACAGUGGCCCCUAGCCUUUAACAAGAGGUCCAAUCAGCGAAACCAAGAGACUGUAUAAAGCAAAUAAGUGAUGUCACCCUCUGGUUUUUGAAGUCCUAAUAGAGAAGUGUGUAUAUAUGUGGGUCUGGCUUUAUAGUAUGGGAAGUGUUCAAGAAGCAAGAACUCUGAGCAAGAAGAUUGAGCAUCUUUCAGCGUUGUUUUUGUCGUACAUGAUAAACGCGGUACUUUUUCUGCAGAUGCAUGCUACUCCUCUUCUCUGGUGUAUUUGUUUUGGAGUUACGGGGCGUGAAGCAUGCGCACAUGCAUUAUCCAAUCAUACUCCAACUAUGCUGGCUACAUGGUAGAGAAAAUCAAAUUUGAAACACAUUAUCUGGGUGUCUUAAUCAGAGUUCUCCGACUCCAAUCGGAGUUUGAGAACUACUAUUGGAGUUGGACUAAGGUGUUACCGUGUACUUCAGUUGUCCGGUCUUAAUCAGAAUAAGACAAUAAUUCGGUUUUUCGAGUGUCAGCUAAACGUUUUGACUAUCAUAAAAGCCAAUCAGGGCUUAGAUUUCCCGACUCUCUUGAACGCAUCAGAAAUGACCAGUCGACCUCCAUCUAUAUAAAUACUUCUAAAGAGUUUUUAAAGUUUGCACUUCUAGAUGGAUUUUCAUGGUGCUGUUGGAUAAGCGGUGAAGCACCUGGUUAGUAGCAAAUCAGCCACGCCCCCAAUGAUGCCUGGGUAGUUGUCGCUUUCAGCUCUCUGCGAGGUUAGAGAAUCAAGAGACUAAAACUGUUUUGCACCAGCAUGUAAAAAUGACGAUUUUCACUGUAAAAUGGCAGUUUGAACAUGAGGCCCAACAGGGAUUUCUUGGCUUUUGGAACCAGCCACCUGUAGACAUUUUAGGAGAGACAUUUUUUCACUUUCAAGCUGGCUUUAGUUUUUGAAUUGAACCUUGGCUGUCUGCCCCAAGGACUGUAGCCUCUGUGCAUGAGGCCCAAGAGCCAAACCAACUCUCCAAGAGUAGUAUUUUGAAGUUGAGUAGUAUUCCUUGUCUAGUACUCUGGUACUAUUGUCUAAUAACCGGUCGCACUUGACCCAAGAUAAAAAACAAAAAACAAUGACUUGCUGAUCAAAACUUCAGAAAUGCUUUCAUGCUCCAGGUAAACAAUAUUUGCAAAGCAUCAUUCAAGCUUUUAUUUUGUAAGAACACAGCUCUGUAACUAGUCCAGGGUAUAACAGUGAUCUCAUGGCUUCAGUGCAAAACUCUUUCAGGCAUUUCUUAUAGUGUGAAUUUUAUUUCUCUUUCAGCCAUUUUUCCAGCUGGUGAAACUAAGAAAACUUGGCCUAAGCGACAAUGAGAUCCAGAGGCUCCCGCCAGAAAUAGCCAACUUCAUGCAGCUGGUAGAACUGGAUGUCUCUCGAAAUGGUAAGCGGGCGAAACCUGAUAGAGCAAAGCAGCAGAAAAAUAAACAUAAACAUUACACCACACUCACAAAUAUUAGAUACUGCGUUUUAAAAUGUGUUGCUGAGCAUUUUCUUCUGCCUGACAAUAAUUUUUACGAUUGAGCAACACGGCACGAAGCUCAGCGAAUGAAUCACAUCGACAGAUUUACUGCUCAAGUGAAGUUGCUGCAACAAACAAGCAUGAAAAUCCAGCAUGGUACGCAUUAGUCUGAGCUUUCCAAGUUGUUUUUAUAGACCAGGAUGCAUCGCUUUAGAUACAGUGGCGAGGCUUCUUCUGCUACAUAACAGACUGUCGACUGUUGUGUGGCUGUAAAGCGAAACUAAAGUCCGUGAAAAGGAAGCACAAACUCACAUUUAUUGCUCAGAGUUUUAUGUUAUCAGCUAUAAUUCAAUGUUUCUUUUCUCUUUAUUUCAGAUAUUAUGGAAAUUCCAGAAAGCAUUUCAUACUGCAAAGCCCUCCAAGUGGCAGAUUUCAGUGGAAAUCCAUUAACAAGGUAUUUAUACAGAUUAUAUUGGUUUACUUAUCAAAAACAGCUCAUCCGCUCUUUAAUAAAUCAUCCUUUGGCUCCAGUCACUUUUAAAAAUUAACCAUCAGGGUUUGCAGCUUUGAAUGCGCAGUUUGCAUUUCAGGAUGAAAGAAUAAAAGACUAAAUCUUUACAAAUGAAAAAGAUGACGUUGAGAUUCUUGUUUUAGGACCUUCUGCUGUUCAGUAUUUUCAUGCACGCCCCUUCACAGAUUUCUGAAUAUGCUUCUGGUUGUGUGGGUGAGACUAAAGCUCAUUUGCACCUCAGCAGGGAAAAAAACCACACCAUGUUACAGUAUGUAGUUCAGGAGCCAACAAUGAAUAGUAGUACAAAGGCAUUACAGUUCACUGCAGUUAAAGUGCAAACACACACAACACUCUCUCUCUUUCCACAGUAUUGACCUAAAUCCACAAGCAUUCAAACACUUUAAUAGUUAAGAUCUUUGAGGUUAUUUUAAUGUCAGUCAUUCAGAUUAAUCAGAGUGUUUUUUCUCUGUAUUAGUUUCACUUUAAUUCACAUGUAAAUAAUUCUGUUUAGCCCUUUAAUGCCUGAAACCACAAAUUAUGGCCUGAAAACUCAAAUAUUUUGGAGCUGAAAUGUUUAUUUCACUUACUACUGAAAACCAAAAAAUCAAAAUGUCCUUAAAACUUAACAAAUACAUUUAUUAAUCUCUAAACCACAAGAGGACAUUUUUAUCAUUUAUCAGACUGUAUUCAGGUCAGGGCUCGACAGUGCGACCGUUUUACUCGCAUUGGCGACUAAAAAUGGAUGUGUGCGAAUUGUUAAAUAUAUUUAGGGUCACAUGUGCGCAUAAAAAAAUCAGCCGAGGCAACAAUGUUUUUUCAUGUAGAUACUGCGGUGAAGUUAGUUUUAGGUUGUUUAUUUGACGGACAUUCACUGCGGAUCUACCGGUGUCUUCUCACUCUCCAUAACCGGGAAUAACAACAGCGGUUAAAUCUACCCAGACUCCUCGCUGUCAACGUUGGGUGUUUACUAAGGGACCAUCAAUAAAUUACCGGUUGAUGAUCUCAAAAAAGGCUGUUUUCCAUCAAUAGCUUCCUUGUUAUGUGACCAAAAGACCUAAAAUUGAUUUCAAAUAAUAGUACUAAUAUUGACCAAGAAGACAAACAUUAUUUGAUCAUCGUGCCCCUGAAGUUCUUUGUGUGCUCCUUACUUUUUCAACUUAGAAGCACAUGCGCUCCUUGUGAAAAAGUAAUUGUCCAGCCCUGAUUCAGGUGUUUUUUAGUAAUUUGUUGGUCAUAUUGAUUUGAUAGAAGUAUCAUAAAAGUAUGUAUCAAAUAUGAUAUAAAGGGCAUUAAAGGGUUUUAAACAUGAUCCAAAUAUCAAACUACGAUCAAGCUUUACUCUCAGCUUUCUUAAGUGUCAGACUGGUCACAGGUUUCAGUGAUAUUUUGAUCAGUGGAAAUUCUGUUUGUGUAAAGAAGGUUGAGUUUACACACAGCUCCAGUUCACUGAGGUUCAGAUACCAGGGGCAGGUGCUGGUUGUUUAUGAAGACUUGUUGAUAGCUCGCUUCAUGAAUACAGACAGCCUGACUGAUUUCUAAGUUAUGGAAAUGAACUCAGCCUGACUGAUUCGAAAUAAAGUUUUUGAAGGGUGACAGAUAUUCAGGAAUAAUAAAAUAAAACUUGCCAAAAAAUGAGCAAUAAUUGAAGCUUAUAGGAUGCAGGAAGAUUAUUCUUAUCUUCUGCAAUCCAUAAAAGUGUAAUCACAACAAGUUUAUAAGCAGCUCUGUUUGCAAUCUUGUAAAAACAAAUAGGAGGUAUAAAUCUGAAUGAAACAUUUGCAAGAGAAUAAGAUAUGUCUGUUUAAAAGGUGGAGUAUAAACAGUAUUAUAAAAACCUGAGCACAAAGUGUUUCUAAAGAUAUCGACUCUUGUUUUAUGGCGCACACAAAGAGUGCAACAAAUAAUCUUGGAUUAUCUUCAUCAACAUUGUGAAACAGACGUAUUUGGAGCCUGUCUGAUCCUUUUGAUGUUCACAUAGGAGAUGAAACACUUGCUUUUAGAGUUGAAACUAGCAGGAAAAGAAGCGGGACAGAGGGCAAAGAUAAAGAGCAAGAAGCAGAUAAUUUAUUUCAUUUUAUCAAGAGUUUAUGGCUGAAGUUGUUGGAAACUCUUGCUCAACACUACUCUCAGUACCGUCUCCUAAAAACAUGACCAUGUGUGUAUAACGCUCUGUUGUGGAAGCUGCUCUAACAUUUGCUCAAAGUUUGAUGCCCAGUGUAUUUGCUUGAGUGUUUAAAAGCAUUUGAAUUAGAUUAUUUUCUGUGUGUCCCGCUCCAGCUGGCAUCUCACGUUUUUGGCCCCUCUCUCUCUUUCAUUUCUCCAGGUUACCCGACAGCUUUCCAGAGCUACGAAAUCUCACAUGCCUUUCCAUCAACGAUAUUUCAUUACAAGUUCUACCAGAUAACAUUGGGAAGUAAGUAAAAGCUCAACACAUGGCAUUUUUUUAAGAGCUUCUUGUGUUUGCCAGUUAAACGUUUCCAUGUCUAGAGUCAGGAGGCUUUGUGAAAAUGUUGAUUGAAAACAGAAUUUGAUGGUUUGCAAAUUAUUUAAAACUUGAAUUUCUUUGGAAAUGGUGCAAAGAGAAGAAAACAAAUGAUAAAACGGAUCUUUUUAUUUAGAAUAUGCUCGUUUUAAAUCUGACGCCAGCAGCAGGUCUCAAAACAGCCGUUGUGUUGCAUCACGUUUUCUACCAAGGACACCUGUUUGUCAGAGACUCGGCUGAUAAAGGAUUUCAGCAGCUCAGUGGUAACAAGUCAGGACUGCAGGCAGGUCACUUUGGCGCCUGGACUCUUCUACUACAGAGCCAAGCUGUUGCAAUAUCCAAUCCAUUUUACUUAUAUAGCACAUUAAAAAAAGGAAUGAUAUUUAACAAAGUGCUAAAAUAAGUGAAAACACAGAACAUGAAAUGCUGUCAGAGAAUAAAAUAGAAUAAAAUAAAGGAAUCAUAAUUAAACCAUAUAAAAAAACACUUAAUAAAUAAUUAAGAAAUAAGAUAAAGACACUGUCAGAGCAAAUGAAAAUCUAAUAAAAGAGCAGACAGAGACAGACCAUAGAACUCUCACCCUGGGUUGAAAGCCAAAGAGUAAAAUAAGUGAUUUUCACUCCAGAGUCAUGUCUUUAUUUUAAUGAAGAUCGCAGAGAUUUCUCCAGAUUCUCUAAAUCUUAAUGAUUUUAUUGUUGAGGAUGGAAAAUUAAAAAAAAUUGAAUAUCACUUAUUUAUUGUUGAACUUUUUCCUCUCCCAGCGUCUCUCAGGGUGAUAAACCUCCUCUCAAUUUUACCUUUUCCUUUAUUUUAAUCCCAGUCAUGUUACGAGCUUGUGGCAAAUUAAAGUAAUCACUUAGUAGGUAUUUCUUCAGGCGGUCCUUUCAGCAUUAUUCAACCUUUUCAGUGUCUCGGUGCCGGUGUUGUUGCCCCCUCUGUUUCUAACAUGUUGCUGGCAUCAGAUUUCAAAUAAACAUGAAUAAGGAUGCACCAAUCGGAUAUUUGGAUCAGAUAUCAGCUCAGAUAUCCCGUGGGUUUAGCCAGUUACUUCUUUUUGCUGUGUGCAAUUUAUUAUUUGUUAAUAAAUAAUAAGUAAAUUAUGUUUUUGUUCAUUUGUUACCUUUUUUAACAAGGCUAAUGUCAAGCCUGAUGCCUUCACUCACAGGCCGAGGUAUACAGUUCAUUCAUUCAACAGUAGUAUUGGAUCGGUAUCGGAUAUCGGCCGAUUCGCUCAGUCCAGAUUGGUAUCGGAUUGGAUCGGGAAAAAAACGGAUAAUUGUAUCUCUAGACAUGAAUGUGUUUGUUGCUUUUUCACCAUAUUCAGUUGAACACAGGCUUUGAAUGUUCAGCAAACCAUCAAAUAAUGUUUUAUUUAGUGUCUCAGUUCUUAUAAAAAUGAGUUUUAUGUAGAUUGCAGGAGAAGGAGAAAGCUUUUCAGACCUUAAGAUCGUUAAUACCUGCAUUUCAGAUUCCUCUAACCUUUCGACGGUGUUAUUUUGCAGCAUCUUGAUGCACUCGUAUCUUAAGAUGCAUGUAAUUGAAUGCUGACUCCAGAGUCACCUCUUGUGCUUCUCUGCGUUCGCUUGUGUCAGUGCUUUCUUUGAAAAUGCACUGGACUCAUAACAUUUCUUUAGAGUGGCACUUCUCUGUCUGAGUGACUCUUUAUCGUGCAGCAAGGUUGACAAUUGCUGCUGUAUUUUUAGCCCAAAACACUUUCCUCCCACACGGCCAAUUAACACACGGAACAAGAGUGUUUCUUUGAGCAAAAAUGUAUACUCUCUCCCGCAGAGACACCAAAGGUUAUCCACUUAAAGCUUUUAGCAUAAAAAUACACGUCACAUGUCAAAGUGCUCGCUCUUCUAUUGUCUGUCUCUGUGCUGAAGGUAUAUCGUCGUCUAAAAUCUCCUCUGUCUCACCACAGAGGGGUAAACAUACCAACCACAUUACUCUCCACAGACUCAUCCGUCUGUGUCGUCUGCUCGGCUUCAUUGUCUUUGUUCAUAAAAGGCAAACGGCUUGGUGUGCGAUGGCAUAAAAUGAGCCACAAAGAAGGGACCGACCUGUCUGCCAGGGUUCUUAUUCCCACGAGGUUCCCGUUAUUGUUGAGUUUAGUUAUAAUUGGAUUUAAUAACACAACUAUGUGUUUAAGGUCAAAGUGCCACAAGGGUUGUUUUUGAGUUGGAGUUUGGAAUUCAAGGGAAACUGGAUUUAGACGCUCACAGGGAUGGAUUUAAACAGUGAAACUUGAACUGAUGUUGUCCAGAAGUACAUGAUGAAUUACCUCUGGCAGUGAUCAGGAUGGCAUAUUUUAACCAUUAGAUAGCUGCUGCUGGAACUGUUGGAGCUUCAUUGUCUUUGUUCAUAAAAGGCAACCGGCUUGUUGUGCGAUGGCAUAAAAUGAGCCACGAUUCAAGAAAAGACUGUUGGAUCCUGUGGUGAUUAUAGGUCAGGAUUUGAGACUUUGAAAUAACAGGUUUACUUAUAGACCGGCUUUUGGGCUUAAUGUUGCACUAAUAAAGUGUUUAGCCUAAUAAUAGACCCUAAUUAGAUCAGUACCAGACACAAAGAGCCAGAUGGAGAGCCAUUGUAAUAAAUCAUAGACCCUAAAAAUGUUUGUGUACUCGCUGAAACAGUCGAAGCUGUGUUGUGAAUGAUGCCUGUGAAGGUUUCAGGUUAAUCUCAGGCUGUGAAGUAUUUUCACUUCUACUAAAUAACCCUCAUGGCUUUGGCAUGUCCAUGUUUAGUGAGGCUGCUCUGUGGACAAUAUGACAUUUUAUUUGUAUAGAUGUGGGUUAUUAUAAAUUACUUUUUAUGGAUUAAAAAUAAAACAGAAGUACUUGAAAGGCAUCUUAUUGUGCCUGUUCAUCAAGCUUUUAUCCUUAUGUCUUAUUAUGUAUCAUAUUGUAAAUGCAUCCUAUUUUAUAUCAUCAGAUUAAAUCGUAUGCAAUUAAACUGAUCUGUAUCCAAUAUUAUAAAAUCAUCAAUCCUGCUCGCUCGUAUCGUUCCAGUUAAAUUCAGAUAAAAUGCAGAUAAAUACUUCAGAUAAUUACAAAUGGGGCCCAGUCAACAUGAAAGUAAAAAGCAUUGGUGCUACUGUAGAUGCCAACAAACUACCAGCAAACACAAUGUUUGCAGGACUUCUACAACUAGGAUAAAGUGACAUAGUCCAGGACCCGAGGGAGGACAGUUUAGCGAUGGCGCUACAACACGCUACAGCAGGUCCAGUUUGACAAGAAACACUUCUGUUACAGACACUUGUCUUACUUUGUUAAAGCGGUUUACCUGUCCAGCAGAAAGUUUACAGGGUCACCAAGAUCUCAAAGUGUCCCACGUUGUUUAUGCUGAUGUUGACCUGGCUUUUUAGCUCUUGUCCGGAUGGUCUACCUCCGUUUUAAGCGCCCGUUAUUCCGCCAGAGUCUCCAGUAUUUACUUCGUUUUAUUGCUUGUGUUUUCUGUACUGUUUAGUGAGGCUGCUCUGUGGACAAUAUGACAUUUUAUUUGUAUAGAUGUGGGUUAUUAUAAAUUACUUUUUAUGGAUGUGGAGCGGGCCUCACAACACAAUUUAAAGGCAGCCUAUUGUGCCUGUAACUAGAUCAAACUGGCUUUUUCCUUAAGUCUUACUAUGUAUCAUAUUGUAAAUGCAUCAUAUUAUAUGUCGUCAGAUCAAAUCGUAUCCAAUUGAUAUCGUUAUAUUCCCAAAUGUCAUCAAUAACUUGUAGCUAUUGACUGAUAUUAAAAGCUUUUUUGUAUAUAAACCACAAAAAAAGAUUCCUCUUUAACAGAAUCCUGCCUACCCCACCUUUAAUCUUUACUGUAUUUUAUUGUUUUUUAUCAUCAACAUAAUCCACUUCACCCUUAAACACGUUGACCAAGCAGAAAAUCUCAGACCCGAACUGAAAGUCAAAUCCAUGAAUAUUAUUCGUAUCAAUGGUCUGACUUUUAAACAGCCCGUCUCUUCUGGCAGCGCGGCGCUCUCGCGUCCAUCCUCAUGUUUUAUGUCCUCCUCACCAUGUGUGUUCCAUCUUAAAACCGACAUUCAGACUUUUUUUCUCUCACGCCGUUCAUGUUUUCCAUGGCAACAGGUACAAACUGAACAAAAACAAAAGCUCGAGCUGCAUCGAUGUGAAACUGUAUAUACGACUGAUUCCAAUUAUUUUGAUUUGGCAUGUCGUUUCCAUGUGCUCCAUGUGUGUGUACAGUAUACAUGAACGACCCUCUGACCAACACAGUCAGCUAAAAGUUCAGGAGCUCUUCUCCGACGUCUCCCUCUGUUUCCUCACGGUAAAGCAUGUGCCCCACAUAUGUCCCAUAUCUAUCUUACAUAACGCCGUGACUUGAAGUCUGCUCUCCUCCAGAGGAAAAGGUUAAUGAAAACCAUAACACUGCUGGAAAAACAGAGUGCAGAUUUUAAGAAGUGGAUAAGAUAAAUGUUAGAGAGGUUAAUGACAGCAGCGGGUUAUCUCCUGAGAUGGGGGCGUUUCAUUAGCUCAGAACUGAAAAACUUGAUGCAGAAAGGCGUUUGUUUUCAUUUCUAUGCUAAAAAAAACAUAUAUCAGCACUUUAGUCCACCUCGUGUACAGGCUGGAUUAUUUUUAUGGACGUGGACUUUAUUCUGCGCUUGUCAGCUGUUGUCAUAAACCCCUCCAUUAAUUGGGUACGUGUAAAGUACUGAGACAGAAACAGCUCAUAGAGAUAACCGUGUACUUUGGUCUGCGAUGGCCCUUUAGACGUUUCGCUCUUCAUUUCAUUUCAAGUCAGCAGCAUUUGUUUAUGCCGUCGUGAUUUUACAGCCUUGAUAAGACUGACCGGCCUCCUAAGUGUUUCCUGUUUCCACAUAUCUGAUCGUGAAAGAGACAUUUUCCAGAUUUUUUGAGCUCUCAUCAUAAAGCUAAUUAUGGAGCUAUAUUUUGAGGACAGGUUGUGUUUUUAUGGCAUUACCAGAAACAUGAAAAUUCUCUUUGUUUUGGUUAUUGCAGUCUCUCCAACUUGGUAUCACUUGAACUUCGGGAAAACCUGCUCACAUUCCUGCCAGAGUGAGUAUUAAUCAGCCGCAACAUCGAAGUGGAAACACACGUUUGUCAUGUUGUAUUUUAGUUAGUUUAGUCAAGCAGAGCAUAAACGAUAUCUAACCUCUCUAUUACUAUUUCUCUGCAGGUCACUAUCCAUGCUUCAAAGACUUGAAGAACUCGACUUAGGGAAUAAUGAACUCUACAGUUUGGUGAGUUUUUGUGGGACAACAUGAACAGAACCAAACUUGUUCCCCGUUUCCUUGUUCUUGUCAUGUAAGAGUAGAUUAGCAUCCCUCGAGAACAGCUUUCACCUCUUAUCACCCAGAUGGGCGGGUGGGUGAACAUCUGCUUUGAGCUUUGGUUUUAAGUUGUAAUCUUGUACCAGCGGCCAAUCUCUGACCGUCAAUGAUUGACCCACGAAACGGGCAAAAUCAGCCAGAAGAUAAUGAUGCUGUAGGUGUCUGAGUUUGUGAAAAUGUGGGUUGUCUGUUUGUCUUCUUGGUAUUUUAAUUAUGAUCUGCAAAGUUUAGUUAGUUUUUACUCUAAAUCCUCAAAUGAAGGCCAGGUUUUAAUUUGCAGAAGGUCUCAUACAGCGAUUGUGCCAGAAAUGCUAGUUUUCAGUUAUUGGCACGGACUGUAUGCUUUAAUCCUGUUGGCUCUAACUUUUGUAGCAGUAAUAUAAACAUACCUAUAUGUUAUAUAAGUUUUUUAGAGAUUGAGUUACUCUCGUCAUGAUCGCAGAGAAUUAAAACCAGCUCUGAGCAAACGGUGAAAAUUUCACUCUGACAGCCCCAUUGUUCAUGAAUAAGUUGGUUUUUUUUGCAGCUGAUCUUGUUUGGAUGGUAAAGAACAUAUUUUGCUCCAAAUGAAUGCGACGUAUUUUAAUGUAUGCAAACAACACCGGCACACAGAGAUGCAGUUUGCUCAGCAGUGCGGUUUGUGGAGCAUUUAACCCUUAAACCUGGCGAUCUUUGUGAAAUAGAGAAUGUCUUUUUGGUCCGCUUGUACAGCUUCAAAAGCUUCCCUUUGUUACCCAUUAUAAACACGAUAAUGCUAUGUUAUAUUUAUAAAAGAAUUUGGGGAAAUGAGAGACGUCAGAAUCCCACAAAUCAGCUCAUUUAAAAACGUGUUCACAGUUGGGUAAAUUAUGCGGUUGUUUUCGAUGAAUUUGUUUCUACUGUUCAUCUUUCUGUCCAUGAAUACAUUGAAUAAGAAUUCAUGUAACUGGAAACAACAAAAACCGAGUCUCUUACAUCGUGUUUUUCUGCUCUUUUGUCUCCUGUUGUGUCUUGCCCUCUUAUUUUUCCUGGCCCUCACUCUUCAAAUUUCAACAUUUCUUCCUCCCACACAGCCCGAGUCAAUAGGCUGUCUUGUCAGCUUGAAAGACCUGUGGCUGGAUGGAAACCAGUUGGCCGAAAUACCUGCAGUAAGUCAAUCAAUCCGCUUAUUUCUUUCAUUUUCGUUUCUGUUCCUCUUUGUCAUCUCAGAGUCAUGUGAAGACUUUUAAAUGGACUGUACCUUUUUAGUUUUAUGAGUUUUAAAUGUGGCGUGUAUUCAAUCUUAUUAAGAUUACACUGUGGAUAUUUGCUGACAUGUUUUCUUAUCUGCAGGAGAUGGGCAGCAUGAAAAGCAUGUUGUGUCUGGAUGUAUCAGAAAACAAAAUAGAGCGACUUCCAGAUGAGUUAGGGGGUCUAGUGAUGCUAACAGACCUGCUGGUUUCUCAGAACUUAAUCGAUGCUCUGCCAGAAAGCAUCGGUAAGUGUUGAAAUGAUCUUUUCUCCUCAUUUUAAACAGAUAUAUUCUUAGUUAACCCAGUAAACAGAAGAUGCUGUAUGAUUCUCACAGGUUAAUUCAUAAAUGUUCUUUCUUUGCAGGAAAACUACGGAAGCUUUCGAUAUUGAAAGCUGAUCAGAAUAGACUAACUUAUCUUCCAGAGAGUAUUGGUCACUGUGAAAGCCUUACCGAGCUCGUCCUAACAGAGAACCAGCUACAGGUGUGUAUGCAAUGCUUUUACUACAUGUCCUUUUAAAUGGAGAGACAGCACAACUAUAAAGACUGAUAGAGGAUUAAAAAUGCAUGAUACAAGCAUGAAAUACAUAAAAACAGUCGGUGUGGAAGCAGAAAAAGCUUCGUGCAUAUCUAGAGAUAGAGAUAAGAUUCUUGUUACUAAUGACAUUACAUUGUUAAAAUGUUUUUUCUGCCUUUUCCCCAAACAGCAUCAGAUGUUACAUCUGUUUUGAGUUUCAGCACAGACUUAUUCAGUGGUCUGAAACGCUGAUAUCGUCAGUUUUUUGCUGAUAUCUGUCUGGUUUUCAACAUAAAACCUCGUAAACGUAUAUGAGCAUCAUCUGAAAAAUGUACACGUGUUGUCUUUUUGCUUCACUUGUCGUCUCAACAUGAAUUUGGAAAAGUAGAGAAGAAAUGUGGUGACUUAAAGGCACUAUAAGAGUUUUUUACUAGUUGAGAAACAGGCUAAAACCAAAAACACAGCCUCUCUGUGAUCUUAGGAAGCAAACAGGACCAUCAGCAACAAGGCGGAUCAUUUAUCUGUCGUCAUUUUUAACCCUGAAAACUGCUGUGAGAGGUCAUGAUGAUUGACAUGAAUCAUGGGUGAUGAAUCAGCCCUUCUCACUUUUUCCAUGACAGCUACUCACAGAAAGCAUUUCACUGUCUGGACACACAAAGAUGAGGUUAUUGUCUGACAGUCCUUCUUUUACAUGUACAGAACCUGUUUGUCCACAGGGGGCAAAGUUAGAAGUUCCUUAGUUAGAAGUCAAAUUAGGAACAUGAAGAUCCUCUUAUUUGGAAAUGAAGCUUCCAGUGAAAACAGCACAUUAAACUGAUGUUACUAUAAUAGAGUGUCAGUGUAGAAACUGUAGAUGUAUAACAGCUCAGGAAACAUUCUGAUCUGACCAUCUGUGGUUUUAAACUUAUAUUAUUUAACUGUUUUCAUUUCCUGGUUUCAGAGUUUGCCGAGGAGUGUUGGGAAAUUAAAGCGAUUAUCCAACUUCAACUGUGACAGAAAUCAGCUAUCGUUUUUACCAAAGGAGGUAAGAUUGUCAUUGAAAAGCAAACACAAUGUCUCUUCAACCAAAUCUGUGUAGCUGAGUGUGUGAAUUCUCUGUUGACAACAUUGCUGUCUAGUUAAAAGUUUUUAGCAAUUUGAGUCAACAGCACCAAAUGAAAGAUUUCAGAUCUGAGCUCAUCUUGAGGUGACAUUUUCUGGAGUUUGAGUUGUGGAAAUCAGCCGGUGAAGAUGCAUUCUUGAUAACACAACCCCUUUUCAAUCAGAAACACUAGUGUAACAUAUUUACAUGGCUGAGAUCCUUCAGGCUAUUAAUUCCACAGAAAAAAACAGGUUUUUAUGACAGUUUAAAGCAGACGCUCGGGUUGUGGAAAGCUCAUUGACACUUAUGUUUCUGUUUGAAGUUCCUUCUUUACUCCUCCCAAUGUAUUACAAAGAGUGCCGUGGGUGCUGCAUUUGUUAACAGGGCUGUCAAUCACAGCAUUAAACCCUUCAGUGUAAAUGAAGAGUGACGACUAAACCCAUCAGAGACUUUUGCAUUUGAACAUAAAUCAGAAUAAGAAGAAACUUUAUUUACAGAAACAUUAUUUUAAAAAAAUCAUGAUUUUAUAUUUUAAACUAGGGAUGCAAACUCAUAAUCUUCUCUGUGUUAUUGAUCACUUAUUUAUUAGGCUUAAAAAAGAAACUUGUUUUUUUCCUGUGAAGCUGCAGAACUUAUAAACAUGCUGAUCGUGAACAUGUGGAGCAGACUCAUGAAUAAUCUCUGUGGACAUACAGACCAAGACUCAAAUGACCAACUGUGAGAUUUCUGCAACAAGAGAGCUGAACAGAAAGAUCCUCUCAGACCCACAGUGUCCACGUUUCUGCUUACUUGUUCUUCUUAAAGGGAUAUUCCGGCGUAAAAUUAAUUUAGGGUCAAACACAAAGAAACACCGAGUUAGACAACCCGUAGAGAGAUGAAUGUUGCAGACCGCUUGCUUCUCUAGUUAUACCAACUUUUGUAAUGACCGCAGGAUAGCAAUACAGAGAGCCACAUGCUCAACCAAGACGCCACUCUAUAGCCACUAAUAAUGCUCAGAACAGCACCUAACUUCAUCAACAGUACAUAUAGGGUCCUAGCGAUAGUACUAGCCACCAAACAUUCAUUUGAUUUUGCCUGAUUUCUUUAGCAAAGAGACUAAACACAACUCACCUACUCUCCUCCAGCAACUGCUUGUUUGUAGCGAGACCUCAGGCCAGUCUAUUAUGGACUGUAGCGGGGUGACGCAGCUCAAGGAAGAACAUUUAUGAUCAUUACUUUAUCAUUUCCUUGAAUUUAUAAUCAUCAUAUUAAUCAUUUUCACUGCAGACGUAAUCGUUCUUUUGCCUCAGUGUCUCGGUCUGAUUGCAUUUCCAUGUGGAAAUGAUCAUUAAUGUUCUUCCUUGAACUGUCCAACUCAGUGUUACGGUGUGUUUGACCCUAAAUUAAUUUUACGCCGGAAUAUCCUUUUAAUAGAGAAUAAUAAACAACACAUUGUUCAUCUCUACUUGACAAAGAAUCAAACAAAACAAGCAUGUAUGAGUUUGCUCUUUAUCAUUUAUUGCUCUAUUCGUGAUAAACUGCCUAAUUUCUCCAGUUUGAACCAUGUCCCAUCUGAUAACAUGUUUGCACCGAUGCUGCAGGUCUGACCUGAUACCACAUAAAGGGUCACACCUGUGUUUUGUCUUCUAUAGUAUCUUGAUGUAUAUAUGUCAAGUGAAAAAGUAAACUUGUUAGUCUUUGUCUCGUUACUCUCUAAAGUUCGUUCAUGUUUGCUCUGACAACACUCCCGCUCGUCGAGUUUUCUUACUUCACGUUCUCCGCUCAGAGUUCUGGUGUGUUCGGCUCUGUCUGAGUGUGUCCAUUGUGCCCGUAACAUGACGUUCUCCUCGAACCUCUCGUCUGUUUAAUCGAACGCUCGCCUGCUUUAAAGCGUCAUCUGAAAGGCUCCUUCAGACGCGGCACAAUGGCUCUGUGUCUUAAUGACGCAAAGGCCGCAGUGUGUGGAGAAAAAUAACAGUUGGCCUAGAUAAUGAAUCGAUGGUGUCACCGCUUUCUCAAACCGGCAUUGCAUGAUGUCUCUGACAAUCAGAGUGUAGCCACGCUCCGAGUAUUGAUCUGUGCCACUCUGAGCUACUUGACCAUUGGCCCAGUUUUAUGGAUCGUAUAUUGAUCGCUGAUUAGUUGCUCAUAACAGUUUUUCAGGGCUGAAUUUUGAUCAUGCUCACGUGGGAGCCGGCAUAAUCAUGUAUCUAAUUUGCUUUUAUGCCAUGCUUCAAAACUCCAUCCCCUACAUUUAGUUAAUGCAGAGAAAAAUCAAUUUAGAAAGGGAAAAGCGAGGCCACACGGUCUGACAGGAAGUGAAAGCCUGUUUUAAAUGGGCUCUCUCGUGGCUUCAGUUCCUAAAACACUUAAUUUUGAGGAUUUUUUUUCCAACACUUCAUGAUUUUUUAUUUCCAGCUCUUUCUCUUCAUAUUUCCUCUGAUGAGCUUAACCUGCUUCUUUUAACAUGAUGAAUCCCUGCAGCAGCACUGAUAUCCCGCGCAGGUCCGAGUCUGAGCAGAUUAAUAGAUUACUACUGCUGUUCAGCUCUCCUAUCAAGUCUCUGCUUUGUCUGGACACUAAGCCUAAUUGCUCCUUAUUUUAGGUCGCUCUGCCACAUCCCACUGACAUUUGAUCCCAUUUGCUUUUCUGCCAUCGAGAUCAUCAAUCCUGGAGUAAAGUGGUUUCUUUUGUCCCGGCUUUGAUAAUACAGAUCCGUGUGCGUUUAUGUCACAUUUUUUCAGGUUUUAGAGAUAUUACUCCGUACACGUGUGUCCUGUGACGUGUUUUCUGUCUUACUGAGACUGCAGCUUAAUCAUGGCGCCUCUUCUGUUCUCUAGAUCGGGGGCUGCAGCGGCCUGAAUGUCUUCUGUGUACGAGAGAACAGACUGACGAGGAUACCGUCAGAGCUGUCACAAGCCACGGAGCUGCAUGUGCUGGAUGUGUCCGGAAACAGGUGCGUUCAAACGUACUCAGGUCGUCUUUUCACUUGUCUCUUAUUGGCAGAUGAAAAACAGGCGAAGGUCAAACGAUUUAAUGAAAAUUGAGAUAAAAUAAAUAAUUCGAGUCGUUAUGAAACAGCCUUUCAUCAUUUUCUUGUUCCAGAGAUCAUAAUCGUGAUUUAGCGAUCAUCACUUCGAGGUUGUUUUGCUUUCGUUUCUCUGCCAGUACCUGUUUUUGUUCCAAGCUUUUCCUUCAGACAAAACUGCAGCUUCACUCUAACACAAACAUGUUCACCUCAGUGUCUGGAAAGUGUCUCCCUCGCUGUCAAAACAACUGCCAAGUUUCUUAUCCCGACGUGACUAAAACACUCACCCAAGACGUUCACACAGCAGCCUGUAUCUGCUGCUGGUGGUUUUUCUGUGAGUGAUUCAUGUCCAUGUUUGUCUUCAGGCUCGUCCACUUACCCAUGUCUCUGACCACACUACGACUGAAGGCCUUGUGGUUGUCUGAAAACCAGUCGCAGCCUCUCCUCACCUUUCAGACUGAUGAGGAUCCAGAGACGGGGGAGAAGGUGCUCACCUGUGUGCUGCUGCCACAACAGCCGUACGACUCUGAUAAUAAAGGUAAAGGUUUCAUGGGAAGUUUCUCACGUUUAUAAUAUUAUUAAAUGGGGUCCAACUGUUAAAGGGCUUGCCAUGACUCUUUACCUCAUGUCAACCCCACUCUCUCCUCAGCUGUCUUGUCUAAUAACGGCAAAAAGGCCUCCCCAAGCUGUGUUUCAUUAGAGGUCUAGUUAUUUACAAAGAGGGGAUUUUCCAAAGGAACAGUGAGUUAAAAUGUUGGAUAUCAACACUAAAUAUAAUCAGAUUUUCAUAAAGUGAGAAAAAUAUGAUGGAAUAAUCCAAGAGGAUGACCCCAGUCUGCUCCGAACAGCCUGUUCAAGAAGUAAAAACGAAAAGUAAGCGAGAUCCACAUGGUAUUAGCUCAGAUUUUAACAUCACCAAUUGGUGGAUCACCUUAAAAAGGCAUCAUGAAGGUAAAAAAUGACCUGUUCCUUGUUGCUACUUUUGUAAGGCAAUUUUCCAGGUCAAAUUUAGAGACCAAAGUUAUAUAGCCAUACAUUUUUUUUUUAAUUUGUAGAAAGAAAAACAUAAUGACUGCUGAAUAGCAUGGCAAGAGUUGAAGAGGAUUCUGAAGUGCUGUAAAAUACUUUAAAGAGACAGUAGCUGAAUUAAAGAUUUCAGACAAAGGCCCCAGCUUAAAUCGGUAAAGAAUAACUGAUCAACUUAUCAAUGACAAAAGUGUAACAUGGCAACAGUGGAGGAGGAUUCUGGAGUGCUUCAAAAAGUCUUUAAAGAGACAGUAGCCGAAACGAAACUUUUCAGAUAAAGGCAUAAGUCUUAAAUCAGUAAAGAAUAACUGAUCAACUUAUCAAUAAUACAUACAGUAUGGAGCAUGGCAACAGUGGAGGAGGAUUCUAGAGUGCUUUAAAAUGCCUUAAAGUGACAGUAGAGCAUUUCGGACAAAGGAAUUAGUCCUAGAUCAAUGAAGAAUAACUGGUCAACUCAGUGAUGAGGGUUUUGUAACAUGGCAACAGUGGAGGAGGAUUCUAGAGUGAGUGACAGUAGCUUAAAUGGAGCAUUUGAGAGGAAGUCACCAGUCUUACCUGAGUACAGAUUUCUUUUGAUCUGUAAAUCAUCUGAAACUUCUAACAAAGGUAUGAGAAGGACCGAAUAGAGUCUGAUAAUGACAGUAAUACUGCAGAGUCACCGAAGAUUAGUUUUAUUUAGUUUUAUAAACUUUAUUGGAGUGUUUGUUUGUUCCAGUGGAUGGAUUUUCAACUUUUUUCCAGCGUUUUAGUCUGUGCCAAUUACAGAAAAGCCAAAAUCUAAGAGAAAUAUUUCCAUUGGCAGCAGCAGGUGUCAGUUUUGUCCAGUUCCCACUCUCAUCGUUGAGGUGUUGAGCAGCUGCAGAGAGGGUUUGUUAGAUAAUGUUAUACAGCCAUCAUCUAGCUUUGCAUUUACAGCUUAUAAAUGACUAUGAGAGACAUCCUGUCUGAUGUUUAACAUGACUGAUAACAGCUAACUAUAAAAUGAUUAACCUGCAAUUUGUAUGUAAAUGAAUAUUUUCAGAGGGCUUGUGCGUCCUACUUUGAUCCUGUCUGUUUGGGGCUGUGCUGUAUUAGUUUUGGUGUGCAGAAGAGACGGACAGAUGUCAAUCAAAACCUGAUCAUCCCACACAGUUUUAAACAGGAUCCAAAAGCCUAAAUGAGCUUUUUUCUCCUCUUUGUUUUCUAAAACUUCAUCUAAAUGUUGAGAAGCUGUUCUUGGACACUGUCCGUGUUUCUCCACAGCGUCGUGCUCCCCUUAAGUAAAAAGGACUUUGCACUAUCACAGUGACAUUUGAGUAAGAUUCCUCAUCAUUUAUCGUCUCUGAGUAUUUAGUGCCCGGCGGUUUUUCAUGACAUUAUCACAUGAUCUGCUCAGAGAAGCACACUGCGUCCUGCGCUCUCUCAUCCUACCCUGCAGUUUUUCUGUCGAUUACGAGGUCCUGUAAGAGAUCACAUCCUCUGUAUCAGAUCAGGGCCUCUCCUGUCCCUUGAGGCCCUCCUUGGUUAUGUUUUUUUCAGAAAUGCGUUGGAUUGGAUCGCUAAAGAAGCUUAGCAGCGGCUGGCCUGCUGCCAUUAAAAGCUCACCCGCUGGUUAUAAGGAUGCUGCUGAGGGCCGCCUCGGUCUCUGCCCCGAUACAGCGCUUUAUUGUGAUUCAUUUUCUCAGCUGUCAUCAACAUCCUUAAGCACUUCAGUCUGGAGAGUGUUUGUGAUUCGCUGUGAAAUGUUGGUUUCUCGCUUUUUAGCAUUUGAAAGGAUGUUUGUUUCGCCAUUAAAAAUCAAAGGCCUCUUUUCACGUCUGUAACGUGCUUCCUCGCUCUUGGGUGAUGCAGAUAUUAGACGGGUGGAGGCCAGAUGAGGGAGGCUGAGGCUGAGGUGGGGGCAGGGAAGAUUGUGUUGCUGUAAGCUUGUGACUAAGCUGGGAUUUGAAACUGUGAUCUGGCAGUUUCAGGCUCGGGGUUGUGUGACAGCUUUCAUUUCUUGAGUUGGCGGCGUGCUGAGAAGCAAUCACAACAUCCAUAUUGAUUUUAAUCUGCAGAAACAUUCACAUCAGCUUUAAACUCUGCCUGAGUGUUUUAUUGUGCACAUGAAGCCCUGUAUUAAAACGGCGUCAUCUCUUUCUUUAACUUCCCCAGGCUCUGAUAAUCUGGCUCGCUGUGGAGCUCUGGAGAGUCUGGUGAAUGACAUGGCAGACGACACGUGGGACAACAAAGCCAUGAACCGGAUCAGUGCCAUUCACUUCCUGGAUGAUGAUGAGGAGGAGGAUGAUGAUAAGGUGAGAUCAGCGAGCCUGGGGGGCGGAAUUUAACUGAAGUUCAUCAAACUUAAACCUGCAGAAAUGACGCCUCAGGAAAUUUCAGAGGAGCAAAGUCAGUCGGCUCUUUGUUUUAGGGAUGGAGCAAACUUACACGCAGAUUUUUACGCCUGCCUCAGACUCGAUAUUUCUUUAUUUGUCAACGAGCUUUGCAGAAUAGUAGAUGUAGUUUUUUUGGAGGGAUCAGAAACUGGUUUAAGGUCCAACACACAUAAACCAACUAAUAAUAAUUCUUAAAGCUAGGAUCAAACAGCCUUUUAGUUUUGGUCCAAACAGCUCAUUUCUCUAGUGGAAAAAAACAGUACAGUACUUCUGAACUGUCCUCCAUCUCCUCACCUGUCUUUCCCUCUUUGUUAUGGCCUGGAUGGGGUGGAGUCACGUCUCUGACGUAGGACAGUGUCUUAAAGGGACAUAAGACCAUAGCCUAUCUACACACAUCCAAAACAAACUUUUAUCUAUUUAUUUUUUCGACACCGAAUACAUCGAUAUAACAACUGAGUAUUAGGGCCACAUUAGGAAAAAAAAAUAAGACUUUGAGAUUAAAGUUGUUAAUUUACGGGAAUUAAGUCAUUACUAACAAGAAUAAAGACGGAAUACAGUAAUCACUUAGGAGAGUAAAGUCAGAAUAAAGUCCUUAUAUUAUAAACUGUUGUUUAAGAUGACAGUUGUUGAAAUGAGAGCCAUGAAGCAUUUCGUGAAAAUGUAAUUCAAUAUUGGUUUCUCAGAAAAGGAGAUACUUUGUCUUUUGGCACAUCAGCACCACAUUAUUGUAAGUCUAGUAAUUACAUUAUUACGACUAUAUUCUCGAAAGUUAUGAUUUAUUACGACUUUAUUCUCGUUAGUAAUUACUUAUUCCUGUAAAUAAAUGACUUUAAUCUUGAAGUCUUCAUUUUCUCAAAGACUUCAUUUUUUCUUAAUGUGGCACUUAUACUCCAUCGUAUGAUAUGGGCAAAAUGACGUUGGUUAUUGUUGUAAAUUUAAGCAUCGGUAAAUUUUCGGUUUAUCGUCCAGCCCUACCACAAGCUUCUUAUAUUCCCCCACAUUAGAAUAAAGAUAGAUUAACAGCAAAAUUAUUACAUAUUUUUGAUAACAAGUUUCUUUUGUAAGUAGUGAUGUAAACACAUUAUCAAAUAAGCUAACUUUUUUUUACACGUCACAGGGAACUCUUCUUCGGCGGGCCACACCUCACCCCGGCGAGCUGAAAACGAUGAAGAAAGCAGCCGAGAACCUCCGCAACGACCUGAACGCUGCCAAAGGCCUGGACUCCAACAAAAACGAGGUCAAUAACGCUGCAGACAGAGUGACCACGUCUGUGUGACCUUUUACCUCAGAAAUGUUUUUUACCUCCUGUGUCUGGCCGUGUCGUCCUGCACAAACCUCCCGCAGCCUUCCUCCCCCCCAACCCCUUUUUUCUCUUACCUCUGAACCCCGGUGUGGCCUACCCUCCCUCUGAUUAAACCCUGGGACGCCUGUAACCCUGCUCCAUCUCCAGUCCUGAGAGCGUUUGACUCGGUGUAUCAGGGCCGCUGUGCCUUCCUCUUUUUAACUCAUGUCCACGGCAAUAAUCUGCACAGAGACGCUCCUUUUUAAAGAUAUUUUAAAGAUUUAUUACUUUUUUUAAAUGCCUCUUUUUAAAGAUAUACAUUAGAUAGUUGCACUAUCAUCAGUCUUUAUAAUGUGGUCAAACCUUCAUAAAUGUAUUAUAUAUAUUUGUUCUAUAUCUAUUUUUAAAACACUGGGUGAAUACUUCUUUUUACAUUUUGGGCAAACAUAAACGCAGGACUUUUUGGACCUACUGAUUAAGGAUUAUUGUAUAGUCUUCUUGUGAAUAUUGAUACUUUUAUACUUUUGGCAGCUCAGAUGUAAAUAAAACUGUAUAGCAAAUUUCUUAAUCAGUUGCAGAUUUUUAACCUUUUUUUUUUUUUUAACUUGGUACUUUUUUCUUUUUUUUUUAUCACAGUAACGAACAAAACAGUCACUAUUGUCUUAUCAUCCAUAUAAACCAUAGACUUGUCAUUAAGUGAGUGAAUGGCCUUGAAACCUGUAAAACAAACUGAGCUAUUUUUGGAUAAAUAACACGUUUGAUUAAUGAGUUAAAUUAAAUUUAAGUACUGCACAUCCAACUUUAAUUACGCAGGAGUAAUGAUGCUGUCUUAUUUAUAUGUGCUGUGCUUCACUGCUUUGCUUUAUCCUUCAAAUAGAUGCCAAAAAAACAGCUGUACAUUACAAACAAGUUUUCUCCCUUUUACAAAGAGUACUGUACAAAGUAAUCAUGGGUGGUUUUGGUGAAAAAUGGGGCUUGUACCACAAAGGAGGGCAUCCUUUUAAAAUGCAGUUGUCAGAAGUUCCACUUUUAAUGCACUUCUCAGCGUUUCUCAAACUCUUUAAGUGGUACAUGAUCAACUGUAUUAUUUUGUUUUUAAAAAGUGGACCAGAGUGAUUGGUUCAACUGUUGUUUUAAAUGUUUUUAAUUAUUUUUCUGAUCAAGCUGCACAAAACGAAUCUCGACGAGGCGCUGUGCCUGGAGAUUUGAUGACUUUUUAACCACUGAUCAAUAAAAAGAGUGCAACACUAAACAACAUGGUUGUUUUUGCUUUGAUUUUGUCAAGUUUGAGGAGAACCUUAAAUUCUUCAUAGCUUAUUCUCAGAAAACCAAAUACAGGUAGUACAGGUGUAUUCAAAACAGUAUUGAGUAACAAUGAAGGUUAAACUCUGAACUGAAUUCAUUUGAGGCAACAAACCAGAGAAUCCACUUCCUGUCCCCUCCAUCGCUUGUGUCUGUCCAGCAGUGCACAGAGUUCCUGUGACGCUUUGCUAGCAUGUGACGUAUUUGACUUGUCUAUCCUGCACGUGCUGCAUGUUGUAGUAACGCAGGCAUGCCUCCAGUAGACCAGAGAGUCAUGUUCUUUGUGUUGUUUACAUCUCAAACACAGUGAAACUACACCUGAGAGUUGUCAUUUUGUAUUAUAAUGCUCAUAUUUAUGAAAAGUGCACUUGUCUUUUGAAUGUUGGAGUAAAAGUAUGAGCACACCGGCUUACUUUAGGCUUUUUAAAAACCUUAUAAACUGAUAUCUCACCUGAACGUUUCCUCUUUCUUAAUGCAUAACAUCGAUAAGGCCUUGACAUCUGAAUAUGAAAGCUUCGUUUGGCUUCUUUUGAAGUGGAAGCUCCUUUAGAGAAAAUUGAUAUCUAACUCCACAUCCUACUCUGCUCUUUUAUCUGUGUCUUAAAGAUGCAUCAGGAGGCAACAUUUGGCAAAAUUGCAGGGAAAUAGACAGAAAUUGUUGGGUUGGAGGAUCUAUUAUGUGUAAUUUGUACUGUGUUGGAAAGUUACACAGAGGGGCUGUAAUAAGGGAUUUUCACUUUCACUCUCAGGUGGUGAUUCAACAGUUUUAGUGCCCCCUGGUGUUCAGAAAAUGUCUUUCUUCUUUUCACUGAUAAGCAGCAGCUGCACUGGAAAGCCUGAGACUCUCACCAGGAUCAGUUCAGAGAGAUGCUUCUCCUACUUUUAACUUGUUUUCACUUUUUGAACGUAUUUUAAUUGGAUACUUUGCAAAACAUUUGAACUGCAAUUUUAAUUGAAAAUAGUGCAAAGACAGCGUAGAGAAGCUGAACUUGAAAAAUCUUCAUGACAGUGUGAGUUCAUUGAGAAUUAAAUGCCAGCGACAUGUUAAAGAUAAGUUGGAGGAACAUCUACUAACGAGGUUGAUUGGCAGCAGGCAAGUAACAAGACUGGGUGCAAAAAGAAGACUGAGUUACUCACAAGUGAAGAUGAAAAACAAGUUCAUCACCCUGUAAGAGACUGUGAGUACACAGUUCAACAAGUUUAGAAUAACGUUAAUUAAUUUUAUGCCGGAAUAAUCCUUUAAAAACAGACAUGACUCUGUCGUGGAAAUCUCUGCAUGAACUCAGAAUCACUCCAUAAACUGCUGCCUGUAACCAUCAUUCAUUGCUACAUCUACAAAGCAGGUUAAACUACAAUAUAUAAACCUGAUCCAGAAGUUCAAGCAACUUCUCCGAGUUUGAGCCCAUGUUAGUCAGAAGAGAAGUGGAAAACUACUUUGGUCAAACUGAUCAAAAUUUAACAGGAGAGGAGAGGAGGAGAGGGACCACCGAGCUUGAACACAGCUCAAAAGCCAACAUUGUUUUCAGGGAGGACCUUGCAUAAUACAGCAAGAAUAUACCAAACCACAUUCUGCAGGUAAUGUCAACAUGAUAGGAAGAAUCCAGGUGCCUAAACUAGUCUGCCUGCAGGUCUUACAUGUCAUCCAUUACAAACACUUGAUGAUCCAUGAAAGAGAAAAGGAGAUCCUGAAAUCUUCAGCAGCUUUAUCAGUCCAUAACAACACAUUUCAAUGUCAGCACUCCAGAUCCCUUUAUAGUUCUCAAACAGUUAUGGAAACUUAAACUGUAAACAAGCACCUGAGCAUAUAUUUUUAUAUAUAUAAUGUCUUUGCACUAUUCUAAGUUAAUUAUGGGGUUUAAAAUGAUUUGCAAACCACCUAGUUCUGACUUUAUUAACUUUGUACUAAACUAUUUUGGGAUUGGGGUUGUAUAACUCUGACAUUCAUCUUUCAGCAGUGGGUGGUGUCCUCUGAUAAUCCCCCGGAGUGUAGAAAUCCUCAAACUAACCCGUCUCUCAAGACCAGCAGCCAAAACUGGUCUGUCCCCGUCCUCAGCUGGGGGGAAAACAAAGACAGUCAGCAGGCGGGCUCUCGUCUGCCCCUGGUCAGCGACAGUGUGUGCGGCCACGUCUCCAACGCAAAGAGGGAAGCAGAGGAAAUUGAGCAGCCCAAGGAGGUCUGUUUUCUAAUUCAGGUCUCUGAGCUAGUUUACAGUUUUCAUCUGGGUUUGUUAUGAUGUGGGAUUUCACAUUUUUAUGAGCCUGCAGGUAUACUCUUCUUCUAGAUUAAACAUCUUAAACAGAGACAAUGAUAAUCUGAAGAGUUGAUCCUGCUGGAAUCUGUCAUUUUUAAAGGUUAUGAGAGUGACCUGAGAGUAAAAUAUCAUUAUGUACAAGGAGAGAUACGGUGGCCCUGAAGGUCAAAACAUUUCAGAAAAUGCAAUAUUACCCAGAAAGAUAUAAUGCAUAUUUGCAAAGUGUUUUGUUUAAAUAUAAAGUUUGUUUUUUAUCUCCUUUUUUGUUAUUAUCAAUUUUCAAUUAAAUGCUUUUGUGACUGGAGAACAGGCGGCACAGUGGUGUAGUGGUUAGCUCUGUCGCCUCACAUCAAGAAGGUCCUUGGUUUGAAUCUCGGUCAGGGAGUUUCUGUGUGGAGUUUGCAUGUUUUCCCUGUGUCUGCGUGGGUUUACUGUGGAUACUCUUGUUUCCUCCCACAUCCCAAAAAUCAUGCAGAAGUGGGGUUAGGUUAAUUGGUCACUUUCAAAUUUCCCAUAGGUGUGAAUGUGAGCGUGGAUGGUUGUUCGUCUCUAUAUGUCAGCCCUGCGAUGAACUGGCAACUUGUCUAGGUUGUCCCCUGCCUUCGCCCGAAGAUGCUGGGAUAGACUCCAACCUCCCUGCGACCCCGGGAACAGGAAUAAGCGGUAGAAAAUGGAUGGAUGUGACUGGAGAUUUGUGGCAUACUAUUGUCAAUCCUUAUUUCUAUAUCCCCAAAUCCCACAGGUGUUAUCUCAAGAAGCCCAGCUUACACUGCUGCUCGAGACUAGACUCCAUUUACAAUGACCCAAUGUAAAGAUGGGAUAAGAUUGAGCCUCAUCUUGUAAUAUCAGACCCACUACCAUCCCAUCCUCAACGACAUGAGUGAAACACGUCGCAGCAUUUAGCAAGUUACAGUGGAGAGGAGAGAGAGGAUAGAGGGAGAUGAAGAAAGAGAGAGAUGGACAGAGGAGAAACUGAUAGAAGGAGAUGAAAAAAGGUGCAGAAAUGGAUCCGUUUUUCCAGGUCCUGCUGGGACCUUUAAAUCCUUUAAUUUGAGAUAUAUUCUUUGGGGAAUAGUAUGUCAACUUUGUGAUCAUCUUUAUGUAGUUUAUUGGUUGGUCGUUUUCAGCUGUCACAUCUAAAGUUGCAGACUGACCUUAAAUCUGUCCUGUACGUUGAUGUUAAACAUAAGAGGCCCCAGGAUGGAGCCUUGGGGAACCCCACGUGUAGUUUUUGUGUUUUCAGAUGUGAAAUUACUUAUGAACACUAAGCAGACUCUGUUUUUUAGGUAAGAUUUAAACCAGUCGAGUUCCACGCCAUUAAGUCCCACUCAGUUCUUUGCUUGAUCAGGUACAUUAUGGUCAGUGCUGCUAAGACUGUAACUCUACCACUGCCUGUGUCAGUCUCAGAACUGUGAUGAGGUCAAAAACAUUUUUACUUUGAGUUUAGUUUGAUGUCGGUAAUGUUUCAGAGAUCUGGUGUGUUUAUUAUAGAUGUUGUUUAGUUUCCUCAAACCUUCUUUUAAUUACAUGACUGUGAGUUUUGAUUCUGAAAUGUCAUGUUCUGACCUUCAGGGCCACCAUAGCUAGCCAAUAAAAAAGAUUGACUCCCUCCUUUUUACCAGGAUUAUAUAAGCCGGCUUCUUAGAAGAAGACAUCUGACCUUGUUGGUUUCCCCAUCAGAGAGCUGAAACCAGAGAGAGCAGGAAAUCUCAGCACCACAGAGCUCCCCAUAAAGGGUCCAGUCACCAUGGAGACAAUGUAAAGAUGUCCUCCAUCCCAGCGAGUCCGAGGUCGUCUUCAGAGAGAACUCUUCCCCAGGAACCAUUCAUCUCUCAAGUGCCAUUAAGAGUAACCUUUCACCGUGAAUCUUUUCUAUAUGUCUCUCUAUCUCCGUGUGCUUUCACUACAUGCUGGAAUGAUUGAUUUGACCAUUUCCUCUCUCUCCUCAGGCUUACCUUUUGAAAGAUUCUGCUGUUAUUUGUCAUAAAAUGAAUUUCCUCUCAGUUACAGAUCAAAGUGUCGGGUCAGAGGGGGAGUUUGGGUUUCAGUAUUGCUGGAGGGAGGGGCUCUCUGCCUUACAAAGACAAUGAUGAGGUGAGUGGGAGAGGGAAACAACGCUGCUCAGUCUCUCUGAAUGAUGUCAUGUUUGGCUGCACUGAUACAGACUGUUUACAUGAUCGACAGUCUCUGUGUCCUUGCUUUUAUAUUAUCCAGAGUAUGAAUCAAGAUUAAACAUAAUAAUUCAUGACAGUUUCCUGGAUUCUGAUCAUCUUUGUGCACUUGUGUCUUGAUUUUCUUCAAACUGCAGCCAUGAUUUUAGGUGCAAAGAGAAUGAUGUUUACAUGCCAUGAGAUUCCUGAGGCCUGUAUUACAAAUUAAAGGGAUAUUCUGACAUAAAAUUAAUUUAGGGUCAAACACACUGUAACACCGAGUUAGACACCCCUCAAGAGAUGAAUGUUGCAGAUCGCUUGCUUCUCAAGUAACACCAACUUUAGUAACAACCGCACAAUAGCAAUACACAGCGGUCUAACUUCAUCAACAGUACAUGUAGGGAGACUGAUGCACAUUAAACAACCAGAGGUGUUAGAGCCAUUUGUUGUAUUUUUUGGGGGGUUUGUGUUUCAUUUGUAAUUGUCCUGGUGCCACACCAGGUGGCGUGAAAUCCUGAGUUUUGUUCACUUUAAAUAGAAGAGGACGCAAUUAGUGGCAGGUGUGUUGGUAGCUGGAGAAGCACACAGUUUUUUGAUCAUCAUCAUCCUGUUGUCGCUAUUUGUUUAAAUUUGCCUUUGUCUUUAUUUUGCAUUUGGUUUCUUUAACAAAAAAGGGAUAAACAAGGAAAAAGUGACUUGGGCGAACUGCUUCAUUUACACGAGGGAAACAAGUAGGCACGGAAGAUGCAUCAUCUGUAUACCUGGCUAUAACACACCUCUGUGGCUCACGGGAUAAUUUCAGCAGGCGAAAUUAAGUCACUACAAGAAGUGAAGGAAGAAGUUACCUUUACUAAGUUAUCUACAUUUACAUUCAAACUCUUAUUUGUGUUGAUGUGUCUGAUUUCCUACAGGGCAUCUUUAUUUCCAGAGUGAUUAAAGGAGGAGCAUCAGAGAAAGCAGGGGUCCAUGUAGGAGACAGAUUAACAGAGGUAAGAGGGGAGAUCACCUCACUACUUUUUAAUUACUGACUGAUGCUGAUGUGGUGAAUUUUGAUGCAUGGAAAGAAAUCACAAACUUGUACUCCAUACUGGCUGUAAGAGUCAGCACUGACUGCUGGUGUUCCUCUUGUGACCAAAGGGGGGCAUCAUUAGACCAGCACACGGAUCAUUGAGGAUCCACAGUUGACACACUCAGGCUGCAAACACACAACAUUUAAACAUGACAUAAGAUUAUGUAACAGAUGUGUUAUUUAAAAACCAAAUCCAAAUUAACAAUUAAAUUAUUAACCAUGAUGAUGAUUAAAAAAUAGGAGAAGCAACAAGCUCCAGGUAUCAUAAAACAACCAUAAAUAUCAUAUUUACUGUUUCAAUCAACAUUAUCAUUAAACUGUGACUACACUUCAUUAUUUAACGGGACAGCUUUAAAGAGAAACUUAAAAUAGUGAGAAUCACAUUCACCAAAUCAUUUCAGGACUGGAAAUCACCACUGACACUGACACUAGUAUUGCCUUAAAAAAGCAUUUUAUACUAAUUAAACUGUUUUAUUUAGGUGUUAAGAUCAUAAAAUCUGCUAAAUAUCUAACAAAAGGUUAAAAGACAUGAACAGUACGACCUUUGAGAUAUUCAAGCUUGAACUUGAAGUAAAUGUAAAUGUUUAAAAAGCAGAAAGAUGGACACAGAAGUCUAACCCAGCCGUGUUUAAACUUGGCAACAACCAGCAGUAUGUAGUUGUUUGAUUAAUCGAUCUAGUUAUCACCUUAGUAAUCAAAAUAGAUGGGUUAGAUAUAUGUGUACAUUAAUAUCAAGUUGGCUGUAAACAAAUUUAUCUCUGCUGUAAAAAUAGACAUUUGAAUAUGAGGCAUUAUCAGGAUUCUUUCACUUUUAGACUCAGCCUCAAGUGGCCGCUCAAGGAAUUGCAGUUUUUUCACUCUCACAUUGGCCUAACCCCAACCCUCACCCUCUAACCCCCUAACCCUAACAACUAAGAUUUCUGCCUGUGUUAAAGUUACAGUGUGUGAAGGUUGGGAUACUGAGCGAUAUCUCAUGGUCAGAUUAUAAAUUGAAAAACUCCCUUGCUCAACCCCUUGUGAGUAAAUAUCAGAGGAGAUGGAGGCCUUCAAGGACAAAAAGCUCCAGUGAUGAAUUAUGAAUAUGGUCCUUCAAAAUGUGCCUAUUCAAACAAAUUCUAUUACGCACAAGAAACGCCAAAUACAUACAAAUCAAUACAAAAACUAGUUUGUCUGAAACAUGGAGGUACAAGUAGAUAUGUAAGGCUCAUUUUAAAUUAAUAAAAACAGAAUGAUUUUCUUAUUCAGGUGGUUAUCCAAUAAUUUAAACAUACUUAUGAAUAUUUUACUCCAUUUCUACUGAGUCUAUUCACCGCACCCUUAAGCUGAAUAAUGUGAAAGCACUAUGAGGGAUAUUUAGUGGGUCAACUAUAUUUAGCUUGCCAACACCCCUCACCUCUAACCCCUGCUUCUACUUUCACUGACCCUAAGUUUAUGAUGUGAUGUGCCCGCUGUCCAUCCAGGUCAACGGCCUCGACAUGCAGGGAGCGACCCACCACCAGGCCGUCGGCGCCCUCAGGAAUGCUGGGAGCUGCAUCAAGAUGAAAGUGCUCAGGGAGAGGCUGCUUCCCCGGGAGCUGUACAGCCCGGAUCAGCCUCCUCCUCCUCCUCCUUCUUCUUCUUCUCCUCCUCUGGAUCCACGGGACGUGACAGGACGACAGCUGCAGGGCCGGGCCGGAGGAGGCGGAAAGAGCAAGCAGCAGAGGGAGGAGAGCAGAGAAGACAGUUUGUCCAGGAAGAUGGAGACGGUCGUCUGCAACGGCAAUGGCAUUGUGGGUGUUUUGCUCAACUCACAGCGCAGUCAGAGUCCACUUUCCUAUUUUUGAAUGUGUCUAUGUGUGCCUCAAACCAUUUAGGAAUGAAAAUCCUUCUUUGUUUUAGUCUGAUUUGGAGAGAGACCUGAAGAGGACCCUGUCAGAGCUGGAGGCAGUUACCACGCAAAAAAGAGAAUCACUCCAGGGGGGGAAACAAACAAUGCAAGUAAGCUGAUUUCCCAUCCCACAGUGGAUAACCACCUUCUUUAUAAUCUCAGCCUGAAUCCAGAGACACUUGACUGAAAAAGUUCUGCAAAAACAAACACACACAACCUGAUUUUUCUUAGAUACCAGCUUGUAGACAUAAACCACACAAACAUUUGCUUAUCUGUCUUCUCAAUCAUCUGACAGAUCCCGCGGAUCAUCCUCACUCAUCCCUCUACCUCAGAUGAAGACGUGGAGUUCCUGACGCAGAGCCCCGGCAGAGAGCUUCCUGACAGGCGCUGUUUCGACAGUGCCUUCCACCCACCUUGA